GCUGAUGAAAUAUUCUGUAUUCUACAGUUUCCUAACUCCCUACGCAGUCGGUGUCCGAUUACGGGUAAGUUCUUUUCCCCGGAAGAAGGAAAGCUAUAAGCUUUAAUGCGAAAACGUAAAUGCAAAACGUCAUCCACCAAUUUCCAACCAAAAUAAACGUUGAACAUAGGGGUGCGUGCGUUUUCAGCCCAUCACCUAAUCUACUUGCCUGCAAUUAAUUUUCAUCACCGGAACCCCCAAUCUAGACUCAACUGCCUUCUUUAAAAUCCCCAACUGGUUGCUUCUAAUUUCAAAUCAAAGCCUCUCCUAAACAAUUCACAAUGGGUACAGAGCUCAAGUCGCAAGCUGUUUUUGAUCUCUUGGAGAGAUUUCUUGAGACCGAUGAGGGUAUUGAACUUCGGAAGAAGCUCAACCUCGUCUAUCAGCUCAAUAUCGCCCCCAAAAAAAUUGGGGUCGAUGAGGUCAUUUUCAUUCUUGAUUUCAAGAAAGGAGUGGUUACUAAAGGGCCUUACGAAGGAGGUAAGCCUGAUGCCAUUGUUUCUUUAAAGGAUGAAGAUUUUGUCAAGCUUUCUGAGGGGAAGCUGAAUCCCCAGAUUGCUUUCAUGAGGGGCAAUUUGAAGAUCAAGGGCAGUCUCAGUGCAGCACAAAAACUCACUCCUGAUAUCUUCCCAAAGCCUUCAAAGCUCUGAACUUAGCUGUGUUAGACAAUUCCAUUUUGUUCGACAUGGCAGUUUGAAUUUGAAAUUUCGAAUUUAUAUUAUUAGUAUAGGAGGAAUCAUUUUUAGCUGUUCAUCAACAUCUACAUAAACUUACAUAUCUGUAAUAUGGUACUGAAUUGUAGGCUCUUGUACCAAGAAUAAUCUAGAAUUAUUAAGCUGCACAAUUUCCUUUAUUAAUCAGUAUGAAUGUCAAACAAUGAGCUUGUCAUGUA